AUGCGGAUGGACAUCUACUACUACUACUACUACUACUACUACUACUACUACUACUACUACUACUACUACUACUACUACUACUACUACUACUACUACUACUACUACUACUACUACUACUACUACUACUACUACUACUACUACUACUACUACUACUACUACUACUACUACUACUACUACUACUACUACUACUACUACUACUAUUGCUACUACUACUGCUGCUGCUGCUGCUGCUGCUGCAGGUUCAAGAGUCAGGGGCUUCUGUCAAACAGAAAAACUUUGUACGGGAAAUUUAUUAGAGGGAAGUCAAAAGUUGACCACUCUUUACGCAGCUUACGGGAAUCCCCCCCCCCCCCCCCCCCCCCCCCC